CCUCCCACAGCCAUGGACCACUAAAGCGCCCAUUUUCAUGAGCACCUCUCAGUGAGGCAGCUCAGAGCCGGCAGAGGCUGAGAGAGGAAGGGGGUGGGGGGGAGAGAGAAGGAGGAGGGAGCGAGCACCGGCACUGAUGGACGAGCCAAAGGUCACAGGUACCAAACCAAAGAUGUCCUGGACAAGAAAAAUUCUACUUAUUCUGGGAUUGCUCUCUGCUUUGGCUGUAAUGGCUUUAAUUGCUGUAGCAGUGACCCAAAACAAGCCACUUCCGAAGAAUAUUAAGUAUGGGAUUGUGCUGGAUGCGGGGUCAUCCCACACUAACCUGUAUGUGUACGAGUGGCCAGCAGAGAAGGAGAACGACACUGGGGUUGUGCAGCAGGUGGAGGUGUGUAAAGUCAAAGGCCCUGGGAUCUCAGGUUACUCCCAUGCCACAGAGAAGGCAGGUCCCUCUCUGACACAGUGCCUACAACAAGCAGAAGAAGUGAUUCCCUCAAAGCAACACCAAGAGACACCUGUCUACCUUGGAGCAACUGCUGGCAUGCGGCUUCUCAGCUUGGAGAAUAAAAGUGCAGCUGACAAGGUCUUGUCCUCAGUAGAGAAGACACUGCGCUCAGCUCCCUUCAACUUCCAGGGUGCCAGAAUCAUCAGCGGUCAGGAAGAAGGAGCCUAUGGAUGGAUCACCAUUAACUAUCUGCUGGGCAAUUUCAAACAGUCUGGCUGGACAAAACUUCUACAUUCCCUGAAAUCCAUAAGUGAGACAUCAGGAGCACUAGACCUCGGAGGAGCCUCAACACAGAUUACCUUUGUACCAACUGAACUCUCUUCUAAGCCCCCAGAGAACCUGCUCCGCUUCCGUCUCUAUGGCAAGGAUUACCUUGUGUACACACACAGCUUUCUCUGCUAUGGGAAGGACCAGGCUCUGCAACAGAAACUGGCUGGGGACCUACAGACCAUGGAGAACAGCAGCCUCCUUGAUCCGUGCUUUCACCAGGGGUAUCAGAGGACUGUAAAUAUAAGUGACCUCUUCAAAAACCCUUGUACAUCAGCCAAGAAAAAGCAAUUCCCUUUCAGCCAGCUGAACAUAGAGGGAGAGGGGGAUUAUCAAAAGUGCCGAAGAAACAUCCAGACGCUUUUUGACAAAACCAAUUGUCCGUACUCCAGUUGUUCCUUCAAUGGGAUAUACCUACCUCCAUUACAAGGGGAAUUUGGAGCUUUUUCUGCAUUCUACUUUGUGAUGAACUUUUUGAACCUGACCAGUGAACAAAGCCCUGUUGCCCUGGACAAAGUGACCAGCACCAUUGAGAGCUUCUGCGCUCGGCCGUGGCAUGAGGUGAAGACAGCAUAUCACCAAGUAAAAGAAAAGUACUUGAGUGAAUAUUGUUUCUCUGGAUCCUACAUCCUCUCUCUUCUGGAAAAUGGCUAUGAAUUCACUGAAAGCAACUGGCAAAGGAUCCACUUCCUCGGAAAGAUUGGCAGCAGUGAUGCAGGCUGGACUCUGGGCUACAUGCUGAACCUGACCAACAUGAUCCCUGCAGAGGAGCCUGCUGUGCCCCCUCUAUCCCAUGGCAGCUAUGUGGGGCUGAUGGUGCUGUGUUCCCUCGUGCUGGUGUCCAUGCUCCUGUUUGCAUGGCUUCUCUUCCACAAACCUAAGUGCCUGCAGAAGGGGAUUGUUUAGGGAAGAGAUGUAGGUGGGAGAGGGGCCAUGUCACCCCAGCUGCCCAGGGUCCCCAGGAGACCCUAGCAGAGUAGGUGGUACUGCAGAGCCUCUCUCGCCUCUCACUGAAGCUACUGUGUACCAGGGCAUUUAUCUCUUCUGACUCGCACUGACAGACAUUGGGACAUCAGGCUUACCACCUCUCUGCCAAGGACAGAUAAGCAGGUGUCCCCUCUUUGAAUGGGUUGUACUUUCAUUCAAUGAAACUUUGCUGCUUUUUGGGUUUUGCCUUGUGCACAGCAUUAAUAAGAGAAAAGCAGAAGCAAUCUUCAGGAGCCAGUGCUCCUGCAAGGGUAAUCUCAGGGUCACAAAUCCCACUGAGCUCUUGGGAGCGAUCACACACAGGGAGCUUCUUCUCCUUCUCUGCUUAGGCCGUUCCUGAGAGCCCUUCCCACACCAGCACAACCUCUGCUCACCUCCCUGUGCCCUGAGCGCUCGCAGCUGUACAGCUGGGUACAGCCACCUGCACCUGGCUGGCCCCCGAAGGCUGGCCAGGCUCCCAUAUAUGCCACUCUGGGAAAAGAAGAGAUGAGGAUGAAGUGGUCAUGGAAGUGGAAAUGUGCUGGUGGUCAUUAUCCCUUUAGCUGGGCUCUGGGUAGCUUUCUGCUCCUUUUGCAGGUGGCAAGAAGCCUCUUUCCCAUGUCUUCCUGAUGUUGCUGGACCAAAGCUGGCUCAUUGUUAUACUGAGCCAUUCCCACAUCCCUAGGGUACAUCAAGACAUGAGUUUCCAGUCAGGCAUUGCUGAUUUUUGUAGGAACAGCUCAUACAGAAUAAGAAUCCUUGACCAGUAGCAAGUGCUUAUGCCUACAGGGACUCUGGUGCCAUCAAUGUGCCUACAGGUGUACACCCACUAAAGCAAUCCAGCUUCACUGUGCUGAUCAUGUAAUAUCCUCCAAUCUAAGGAAAAUGUUUAUUAAGUUAUGUUCCUUCAUAAAUAGCUGCAUUUGCAGCAGUUAACCAGCAUGAGCGUGCACAGAUUGAAUGAUUCUUUCCACCAGCAAAAUCAGUGAAACUUUGCCUGUCCUUCCCUCAUGGUUUAGGCAUAUCCCAUGACCAUAAGACCCAGGGCUUGUGAGUGUACACACUGGAGCCCAUAUUCUAGCACAUAACUAGGGUGAUGCCCCUGAUGAAGUUUAUGCAUCACUUCCUUUCAAUUUCUAUUUCUUGGUCAAAAAAAGUCAGGUAAGUCAGAAAUCCAUUUUUAUAAAAACACUUGGAAACCAUUGGUGCCUGCCUGCCUCCCACAGAAUCUGGGAAAUCUCUUCUAAUGACCUGUGAAUGCUGAAAACCAAAUUGAAGAUGAUGUUGUGGAGAGAAAAGCAUGGCAAAUGCACACCUUCAUCUAUUUCCCCAAGCAAAGCUGUAGAAAGCACGGAAGGGAUCAGGAGGGUCAACCCCACUAAAACCUUCUCCUUUAGACAAUCACAGACCCAGAGCUUGGGGUUUUCUUGCUCUCUCAGCCUGUCCCUUUGUACAGUGCAGCCUGGAAAAUGUCCCCCAAUUACUUCUACUUCACACUUGGGAGGAGGAGCCAUUAUAUAUGCAAGGACCCUUCCCCUAAAGGUAAGGGAAAAAAUCUACUGUCUUGUGGUAAGAUCUUUCAGCAGUUCAUUGAUCUCCCAAAAUAGCUGGCUUCAGCUUCUGUUGAAUCAUCUUCUGCCCAUUUCAAAAAGACUGAGUAACUCUGCUAUCAAAAUCCCUUUCUGCUUGUUGGUGCUUGCAAGCUGUCAUUGUAUCAUAUCAAAUAGAUACAUCUUCCAUCUGUAAAGUGCUCUGUGCUGACCCCACUUGCAGCUUUUGACUCCACUUCUUUGAAAAUUGUUACAUUUUUCUAAUGUUUGGACACCAAAAUUUUCAGCAGCAAGUGGUGGUAGAGUCACUAAUAGUGUAUAUAAAAGUAAUACCCUCUGGUCUUGGUCCAUACUCUUAUGUUCUCCAUUCAUAUAUCUCAGGGCCAGAUCUGAUCACUUAAGAGGUUGUUUUGUUCAACUGGGCUAUUAGAACUUGGCCAUUUCCAGUCACUGCAUUCCAGAAUGGCUUCUGUCUCAUACUGUACAUCACUGUUUCUAAACAUGAGCUGCUUUGUUUCCCACAUGGGUCUGAGACAUGUAUUAUUCAAAGAAUAUUGCCCCAACCAAGUGAUCCAGAUCAGCACACAACAGACUCUUCCCCACAGAGUCUGUCCAUUGACCAGGGUUAUUUUUUCUGCAAAUCCAUCAAGAUAUUGGAAUUAAUCUAGAAAUGGAGUCUUCCUUCUGUUUUUCUCAGCAAGGACAAGCAGAUGAGAGAUUAACAAUAGCUUUUGGUCAUGGGUGGAAGGCAUGCAGGUAAAGAGUGUGAUCGGAGCUGCUUCAGCUCCUCAGUCAGCACCACUUGCAACACACCCCACCCUUUGCCACUAUCCUUGCACAGGGGGUCUUUGAAGUAGACCAACUGCCCUGCAGAAACUCCCCAUGUGAGCUGGUUCAUCCUUCCUCCCCAUGAACAGUGUGGAAACCUGCAGAAUGGUAAUUCCUAUCCUGAGACCUUCUCAGGGAUCUGGCAGCUGCUUAGCUGUGUAUGUGAUGCUGGAACAGGCAGAUUCAUUGGGAUGUUUUGGAAAUUGAUGCAGAAACUCCAUGUGGAAGCUGGUGAGGAGAGAAAGUUUGAACAAGUCCCCUCUUCUGGUUCUUACUAAGUGUGCCAAAGGAAAAGAUUAAAUACAGAACCAGGGAGAAGAGCUUUAGCAAUGUUUUGUAUCUUUAUUGCAAAUCCCAAAGUUAACAAAGUAUUAAUACUGUUAGUUGAUGCUGGUGUCAGGUGAUGAGCUGAAUGAGGUGAUGAGGUGAUGAUCUUUGCUUACUUCCUCCUGCCUUCAUUCUCUUGUUUUUAAUUUGGGUUUUGUUCAUUUUUUUAAACUGUAAAUGUGAUUUGAGUGCAACCUAAAGGCCCCAAACUAAGAAAAAUACAAAAUUGUACAUUUUUUUCAAACCUUGUGACUUUUAGAUCACACUUAGGAGUCAAUCUCUCCAAAACUAGAAUUUCUAAGGUGACACCAGAUGUGCCAUUUAAAAAUCACUUGUGCAGGCUGAGAGUCCAGGACUUGGCUGGCUAAGGGCAUCCUAUGAGGAUGAGACCAUCAAUGAUCACUGGGUGUACUUGAAACUUCCCAGAAAAGCAUGAUUUUUUUCUCUCCAUUUCUCCUGCUAUUGCAGGACUUUAUCCAUGGAGGUUACCCAAACUCCUUGGUCAAAGAGUUCAAGUUUACUGAACAUUCACUUCUUUGCUUCUGUGCUGCAUCAGACCUACCUGUGUUCAGCUCAGAUGUGUGUUCCAGAGCCACUCAAUGCAUAUGUGAAGACAUAAACAAUGGGGGGGGGGGGGGAUUUCCAAAUGUGCCAGUAAUAAUAUGAUACCAGUUCUCUCGUUAAUGUAGUUGAUCUGCCUCACUCAUAAUACUCUGUGCCUUAUUUUUCAUUUGAUAGCUUCUGGCUUUAUUUUCCAGCCACUAGCUCCAGUACAGUUUUGUUCUUCUGGGUUAAAGCAUCUUUUAACACCACAUGUUCUUGUCUUGCAAAUGUUUAUUCACUGAUCAGCUCUGCUUGCCUGCCAAGACUCCACACCUUGGUCUCUCCCAUUUUGCCACAGGAAUCCCUGAGAUGUACUGCAACACAGGAAUGUUGAGUGUUCUAUUUUUGGGAAAGUUCCUUGCAGGACAAUUUGAUAGUUUUGCAGGGUGCAGGAGCAGUCUGGCCUCUGGGACUGAUGACUUCAAUGAGCUCUCUUGUGUUCACCCAAGUGUCAGGUGUCAGGUAAAACUAUAACAGAAGCUGAGAUUUUCAGGGGUCAGAAAAGAAGGCCUGGGCACCUGCAGCAUGAUCACCUCUUGCAGAAAAAAGCCAAUCCCCACCCUUUGCUUUCCCCACCAACACAAGCACCUGCAUGGGCUACAGAUGAUUUCUCUGGCCCUACAGCAAAGCACAAUGGAGCCUCCAUCUGGAAGAAAGUUCUCAGAAGUGGGGCCAUCACCUCUGCAGUGAGAGGCUGAUUUCCAGUACUGGUGCUGGCCAGGGCUCCCCAGCUUCCCCAAGAGCAGCUCUCAGAUGGAUACAUGCCCACUCCUCAUCCAUCUGAAUUCUUCCUUGCAUAAGGGAUGUGCAGGCUCUACAGGCUGCUGACUGCGUCUGCAUCACGGAACUCAACAGCCUUUUCAGGAGGGAUUGGGGGCACACACCAGGGACAACUGCCCCUGUCACCUGCACCAUACACCUCCUUUUUGUGUCUCAGCCCUGACAAACAGGAUCUUUGUUUUGAUGUACGCAAACCUUUGUAUCCUUAUGACAAUAAAGACUUCUGAACUA